CAGAAGAGAGGAAGAUGAAGGUGCAGAAGAACAGAGAGACUCUCAGAUCAUCAGGUGGUGCUCCACAUAUCUCAGACAUUAGGAUUGUACUGCUGGGAAGCAGAAAGGAGGGGAAGAGUUCAUCAGGAAACACCAUCCUGGGAAGAGAGGAGUUUGAUACCUCAGGAGAAACAGCUGAGUGUGUGAAGAGAGAGGGAGAAACAGCAGGGAGACAGAUCAGUGUAGUGGAGGCCCCCGGGUGGGUUCACACUCAUUCUGUAAUGAACACUCCUGAAUGUGAUAAACAAGAGAUUGUCCGCAGUGUGUCUGUGUGUCCUCCAGGACCCCAUGCUGUACUGCUGGUCAUUGAUUCUAAUCAGUCAUACACUGAGGCACACAGAAGAGCAGCGCAGGAACACCUGGAGCUUCUGGGUGAGAGAGUCUGGAGUCACACUAUAGUGCUGUUCACCCGUGGGGACCGGCUGGGAAACACAACCAUUGAGCAGCACAUCGAGAGAGAAGGAAAAGCUCUGCAGUGGGUUGUAGAGAAAUGUGGGAACAGGUAUCAUGUUGUAGAGAAUGGCAAGAGCGAUGGUGGCCAGGUGACAGAGCUGCUUGAGAAGAUAGAAGAGAUGGUGGCAGCGGACAGGGGAGAGCGGAGUAUGGAGGGCCUUCCUAACUUUGCAGAAGGCCUACCUGAUGACUACUCAAUGGGAGAUCCUGGAUAUGGCUCUGCUAAAUCAAGACUUGGACAACAGAAGCCUCCCUUGACACCAGCACAUACAAAAUUACCAUGUGCUGAGGCGAACGUCUUUUAG